UGGGAGGGUGCUGAAACGAAAUGUAUGAGGGCAGCGGCGAGUUGGGACUCGUCUUUGGAGAGACAAGGUGGAGGAGAGGACAGCGUAACUUUAUGUUUUUUAUCCCUCUCAAAAGGGGAUUCAAAGACGUAUCGGCCGGGGUUCCAGUCAUUGUGAGUCUCAGUGGGUUAGUUGACUCCUGGUCUCUUGGUCAUCGGACAGCCUGCCGUCCAUCCAAUGUGCGUAAAAGGGGUCUAUUUCCUCACCGUCCUGUCUGGACUCGCAGCUUCAGGCGUGCUGCAGGUUCGCGGGAUGCGUAUAUACACAUCUGGGAAUGUGGAGGCAGUCAACGGGACGGAUAUUCGUCUGAAGUGCACAUUCCAGAGUUCCUCUCCCAUCAACCCCAACAACAUCGUCAUCUCAUGGAGCUUCAGACCCCUCAAUCUAGACCAAGAAGAGUCGGUGUUCCACUAUCAGCAGAAACCAUACCCUCCUUUAGAGGGCCCUUUCAGGAAACGUGUUGUUUGGGCCGGUGAUGUCAUGGGCCGUGACGCCUCCAUCAUACUUCAACAGGUCAAGUUCACCUACAACGGCACUUACAUCUGCCAGGUCAAGAAUCCGCCGGAUGUCCACGGCAUGGUUGGAAAAAUUCGGCUCUGUGUCGUCACCACAGCCUCUUUCUCCGAACUUCUCCUUCUGGUGUUGGCCAUCGGGGGCGGUAUUGCCGCUGUGGUCAUCCUCCUCAUCAUCAUUGUGUCCUGCAGGCGGUGCAAGAAGAGGAGACAGGGAGAGCGGGAAGGGAAUGAAGAGGCUCCCCGCAAAGAGAGAAAAGACCCCACUGUGUGGUAAGACCAAGAGAAAGACAGAGGGAGACGAACAGGGGGAUGAGAGGAACAGAAGAAUCACACACUUCCUCUCUUGCUCUCCUUUUAACUCUGGGGUUUGGGGCAUGUGGCGCUCCUUCUUGGGACCAGCUCUUUUUCUACUGGACGUUUCACUUCCUCCUUCCUCUCCACCGCAGUCUUUGAAUCCCAAACCUUGACUAGUUGAUGGGCAGCUGUCAUUAACCAGAGAUAAAUUGGGAAUGUGUCUUUGUAUAGGAAGCUGUAGAUAUAGAACUUUAGCCAGACUACUGUGUAGCUUUUAUGAUAUCACUGUGCCUUUCAUUUCUGGAGAGAAACAACAGUUUUAUCAGUUCAUCUUUUCCUGUUCACCUAAAUGGGCUUCCAAGCACAUUUCCUGUUUAGAGUAAAUGUUUUGAUGAUGUAGAGGUCGAACAAUGGUGUAUUCCUGCUGUUUACUUGUCUACUAAUACAUUUCAAACCCAAACAUACCACAGCAGUACAAGCCACAUGUUUGAUAUAUUGCUUCAACAAACAAUAGAAACUGUGGAACAAUGAAUGAGCACCUCCCUAACUUCCAUUGAAAAUUUGUUACCACAUGAUGGAAACAUUAUGAAACCCCAUACAUGUCGGGGAUCUGUAUCUAUCAACCCUCAUCUACUUUACUGUGGUUCUUCUGAAUCCACAGGAGGAUGCUGGUGUGCCUUUCUUUUUUUCUUUUUUUCACUACUGAAGUUAUAUUGCUGUAUUUCUGAGAAUAUGUGCUGUUAUUAACCUGAUGUUGAAACAGAACUAAUCAAGGUGCUAUCAAAUAAUCAAAACCUGAUGGAGAGCACUUGGUAGAAACAAACAUUUCAUACAGUACUUACAUACAAUAUCAAUUCUAAAUUUCAUUGACAAAGUGGCAAAUAUUUUUACCAACCCAUAGCCAAUGGCCAAUGUUUGUUUUGAACAAUAAGCUGUUUUGUCAAAAGUUGGGUUUUCAGAUCUCUCUGUAAUAGGUGCCAUAACUAGUUACUGUCACCACAGUGUUGCAAUACUGUAACUCACUGUAUUCACCAGACGUUAAAAGCCAAGCUCCUCAAGGAAAA